AGCUCUCUCGCCUUUUUCUCCUACCGCGCGCCCAAACUUGGUCUGAAAGCACACCACGAUGUUUCUAGCCAUGCAUUUCGGCCCCGCACACCGAUUAUCUGCCGGUUUUGCUCGCAUUGUUUAGUCUUCCAUCGUUGCAUCUCUUCAGUGCAAUAUGUCAGUCUCUUCAGAUCGGAUUCUAGACCAAGUUUCUCCUCUCGGUUGACCGUAUUUCUGGUUCGAAUGUGAAGCGGGAGGAUUGACUGUGCGUGGGGGGAGGUUUCCGUCAGGAAUUGUCGGUGAUGAUGUUGUUGUAAUUCGAUGGAGUUUUAACACAACUUACUAAAGUCAUUUUGUUGAGCAUUUUGCUAUGAGUGUUGAUGCGGAUACUGUUGUGGAUUGGAUUUGUGAGGGGGAGGGGGAGGAGUGUGUGGCAGUGUGUGCGUCGUUGUAGCGGGUGUAUGAGAGCUUCGUCGAUCGAGAGGAUGAGGUUUGAGAUUAGGAAUCGGAAAAGUCGAUUGUGAAGUGUAGGUGAAAGUAUUUUGGGAAGCAGGUGGAUUUGACACAGUGAUGGCGCCGCACUCGCACGUGCCGCACCUCGAGCGAAGGCGGGUGGUUGGGCGAUGGGAGGAGCUAGUUUCGAAGGCGAUUGAUGCAAAGGGAAAGCGACCUUUUCUAAGGUUAUCCCGUGGAGAGUACGAGGAUACGGUAGUGCCACAAUUCUUGCAGGAGCAGAACAAUAAGAUAUCCGACAUAUUACAAACGGCUCAUGAUGUGGAGAACGAUUAUCCAAUUGUCGCGCGUAUCUUAUUUGAGUAUGCUUACGACUUAUCGCAAAAAAUGGAUCCAAAGAGUGAAUCCAGGGGAGUGUUGCAGUUCAAGACGGGAUUGCUAAAGGCUAUCAAGUUAAGAGCUGAUGGGGAGAAAACAGAUCGGAGUGAAGCUAUAAGUAUGCUUCAAGACUUUUACCAGUACUUAAAGGGUCAUAUUGAUCGACUCGAGGAUGAAAACGUGUCCCGGGAGCAACGCAAGAAAUAUAAUAAAACACCCGAAGAGUGGACGGAGUUGAAAAGGAAAGUUUACAUCACGUCACAGAUUCUGAAUGAGGUAGUUGAUUACUUGAGUCCGAAAACGAAUCAGGACGUGCAAUUUGAUUCAGACCUGAAAGAGGAUCUGAAGAAGACUGCGGAAAAGGUUAACGAUUUCAAAGCUUACAAUAUUAUACCUUUUGAGGCUCCAGGCGUGGUUAAUCCUUUUCAAUACUCUCCAGAAAUAACGGCUGCCAUCAAAAGCAUAGAGUUUGAGCCAUCUGGUGGUCAUGAAUUCGGUGUCGACUUCAAGCCGCCAAAAAUGAGGAACCUGGAUAUUUUCGACUUUUUCCAAUAUGCAUUUGGGUUUCAGGCUGACAACGUUUUGAACCAGCGAGAGCAUCUACUCCUCCUUGUGGCCAACGCACAGUCACGCGUGAAUAAUAUCGUGAAAGCCAUCUCCAACGUAGAGGAAAAAUUGCUGGGAAACUAUGAACGAUGGUGUAAAUAUGUGAAGAGGGUGAACUCUACGAGCCGGAAACCACUAGAUUCUUCUCCAAGAUCAAUGAAGCUCUUUUGGGCUGCCCUAUAUCUCUUGAUCUGGGGAGAGGCAGCAAACGUGCGGUUCCUACCGGAGUGCCUUUGUUACAUCUUCCAUCAUAUGGCAUUUGAGACUUAUGAACUGCUGAAUAAUCCCUUCAAUCAGAAGUCAACGAUCCUCAAAGAUUCUGAAACAUUUCUUGAUGCGAUUAUCAAACCCGUUUAUGAAGUAGUGGCUGCGGAAGCGAAGGUUUGUAACCAUGGAAAAUCUCCGCAUUCAAGUUGGCGAAACUACGAUGAUUUUAAUGAGUAUUUCUGGGCUCCCUCUUGCUUUGAAUUGAGUUGGCCGUGGAGGCUACAUUCGGGCUUUUUUGUGAAGCCAAUGCAGGUUUCUGAUAAGGUCAAAAAAUUUAAAUUUCGAAAGGCACAAGACCAAAUGCCACUUCUGGAACAAAACCAUCGUUCGGAAGGAGAGCAUGCGAUGGAGAGGAAAGCAGGGAAAUCUAAUUUUGUCGAGCAUCGCACCGGUUUUCACCUGUAUCAUAGCUUCCACCGACUUUGGAUUUUCCUUGUCUGCAUGCUUCAGGGUCUUGCAAUAUUUGCCUUCUGUGAUGGGAAGUUGAACAAUGCCAACAUCAAGUAUGUCUUGAGUGUGGGUCCUACAUAUUUUAUUAUGAAACUUUUACAGUCUGCGUUAGAUGUAAUCCUAAUGAUCGGUGCAUACAGAAGCACCCGGUACCGCACUGUGGCAAGAGUGUGGUUGAGUUUAAUCUGGUUCGCUGGUUUCUCAGGAAUUAUUACCAUCCUAUAUGUGAAAACAAUUCAGGAACAAAAUAGUGGAUCAGGAUUAAGUACAUGGUUUAGGCUUUAUUGCAUUCCCUUGAUAUUCUACGGAGGAUCUGAACUUUUUAUUUGGCUGUUUUUAAACAUGCCGGGGCUCCGAAUACUAGCUGCGAGUUGUUCGAAUUUUGGCCCCACAAGGUUUUUGAAGUGGGUGCACCAGGAGCAAUAUUAUGUGGGACGCGGGAUGCGCGAAAGUUCCAGCGAUUACUUUUCGUACCUCGUAUUCUGGGCGAUCGUCCUCGCAUGCAAGUUCUCCUUCAGCUAUUUCCUUCAGAUUAAAAGUAUGGUGGGGCCAACCAGGAUUAUCAUCGACCUCACAGACAUCAAUUAUCGAUGGAGGGAUAUUGUUUCAAAAAGUAAUCAUAACGCGCUCACACUUGCUUCGUUAUGGGCUCCAGUUGUGAUGAUUUAUUUUCUGGACCUACAAAUUUGGUAUACAGUUAUAUCUGCACUUGUUGGAGGUUUUGAUGGAGCACGGAUCGGACUCGGAGAGAUCCGAGACCUUGAAAUGUUGCGUCGCCGCUUCUUUUCCUUGCCAUCAGCAUUUACGACGAAGCUGUUACCCCAUGAAUCCUUUCAGAAAAAUUCGAGGGAAUCGGUUAACAACGAUGAAUCUAAGGUUAAUGCCAUGAAAUUCGCCCCUAUUUGGAACGAAGUGAUCACAUGCUUACGUGAAGAAGAUCUUAUCAGCAACAAGGAAAAGGAGUUGUUACUCAUGCCUAAUAAUAAAGUUUCAAGAACGCCACCUUUAAACGAUCUCUUAUUGAUCCAGUGGCCUCUGUUUUUAUUAUCUAAUAAGGUAUUUUCUGCAAUUGACACGGUAAAUGCAUACAAACAAUCUAAAAAUAAGGAGCUGUGGGAUAAAAUAAAGGAUGAUCGCUAUAUGAUGUAUGCUGUACAAGAGGCCUACUAUUCUUGUAAAAAUAUAUUGGAGUACCUACUGGUGAAAGACCAAGGCGUUCUAUGGGUUAAAAGCAUUUUCGCCCUCGUGGAGGCUAUCAAACCUGAUGAACAUUUGAAUGACAUAUUUCGUUUCAAUAAGCUUACGAAAUUGCUGGAUAAAGUUGCAAAUCUGACGGGUGUUCUGAUCAAUGAGGCUGCGAAUGAGGUUUUUACAGUUGCUGCAGUUCGGGAAAAAUUACUAGAUCUUUAUGACAUGGUGACAAGGGACUUUGUGAGGGAGGAAACUAACGUUUCAGUGGAUCAACAACUAUUUUCAGAGUUUUCUCUCCCAACUCAUGAAUUCAUUUCACAAGUUCGUAGACUGAACAGUAUUUUGACAAGUAAGGAAUCAGCCUCAGAAGUUCCAGUGAAUGAAGAGGCUCGCAGACGCUUGGAGUUCUUUAGCAACUCUUUGUUUAUGACAAUGCCCAAAUCACCUCCUGUCCGUAAAAUGUUUUCUUUCAGUGUGUUCACGCCGUACUACUCAGAGGAUGUGAUUUACAGUAUCGAAAAGCUAACUAAACCAAACGAUGAUGGUAUCUCCAUAAUAUAUUAUCUGAGUACUAUUGUUCCAGAUGAAUGGAAAAACUUUCUGGAGAGACAAUUCCCAAAUGACCUUGAAGCUCGGAGGAUUUUUGCGAAGACAGUCCUCCCUAAGAAGGAUUAUAAGAAGGAGAAGGAAAAAUCGAGAAGCCUGGACGAUCUGGUGGAUGAGGACAAGAACCAGCUACGUCUUUGGGCUUCAUAUCGAGGACAGACUCUUGCGAGGACAGUUCGUGGGAUGAUGUACUAUAAAAAGGCUCUUAUAUUACAAGCAGAACAGGAGUCCACUUAUGGAUCAGCAGAGGAUUUAGAACAAGGACUUCAUCAUUCAACACCUAGUUCUCCAUCAGAUUCAGGUGUCGUAACUGCUCGAGCUCAGGCGGAGUUGAAGUUUCUUUAUGUUGUUAGUGCUCAACUUUACGGGGAACAAAAGCAGUCUACCAAUCCUGAAGAUCGGCAAAGAGCUACAGAUAUUAAGUGGUUGAUGAAAGAAUAUGAUUCUUUAAGAAUUUCCUACAUUCACAAGGCCAAGGUGACGAAGCGGGACAAGACGAAAGUUUACGAAUACUAUUCUAAACUCAUGAAAGGAUUGCCGGAUGGGAAUGAUCAGGAAAUCUACUCCAUAAAAUUGCCUGGAGAAGUUAUUCUGGGAGAGGGCAAGCCUGAAAACCAAAACCAUGCAAUUGUAUUUACUCGUGGAGAGGCCAUUCAAACUAUUGACAUGAACCAGGAGCACUACUUAGAAGAAACUUUUAAGAUGAGGAACCUCCUAGAAGAAUUUGAAAUCCAAUAUGGGGGUCGGUUUCCUACCAUUCUUGGUGUUCGUGAGCAUGUUUUCACUGGAAGUGUUUCUUCUUUGGCGUGGUUCAUGUCACUGCAGGAGCGGAGCUUCGUUACUUUGGGACAACGGGUUCUUGCAAAACCACUCAAAGUGAGAAUGCACUAUGGGCAUCCAGAUGUCUUUGACCGCAUUUUCCACAUCACAAGGGGAGGCAUUAGCAAGUCAUCCAAGCAGAUCAAUCUUAGUGAAGACAUUUUUGCAGGGUUCAAUUCCACUUUACGACUAGGGAAUAUUACUCAUCAUGAAUAUAUUCAGUGUGGCAAAGGGCGAGAUGUGGGAUUGAAUCAAAUUGCGGCAUUUGAAGGGAAAGUAGCUUCUGGAAAUGGGGAGCAAACCCUUAGUCGUGAUAUUUAUCGGUUGGGCCAUCUAUUUGACUUCUUUCGAAUGAUGUCUUUCUUCUUUACUACAGUCGGUUACUACUUCACGACUAUGUUGACUGUCUUGACCGUAUAUGUGUUCCUUUACGGCAAGGUAUACCUGGCACUAUCUGGAGUGGACGCACAACUCAAAAUUAAAGGUCUUGCCUCUAAUGUGGCAUUACAAUCAGCACUUGAUACACAAUUUUUAUUGCAAAUUGGUGUUUUCACUGCUGUACCGAUGAUCAUGAAUUUCAUUCUGGAGGAGGGACUAUUGCGGGCAAUUACAAGUUUUUUCACAAUGCAGUUUCAAUUGAGUUCAGUCUUCUUCACCUUUUCGCUUGGGACAAGAACACACUAUUUCGGCCGCACCAUUCUCCACGGAGGUGCCAAGUAUGCAAGCACUGGACGAGGAUUCGUUAUCGAACAUAUCAAAUAUGCUGAAAAUUAUCGAAAUUACUCCAGAACCCAUUUUGUGAAAGCGUUGGAGAUUAUGCUGCUGCUUAUUGUGUACCUGAUAUACGGAGCUCCAGAACGGACAACUUUCACCUACAUCUUACUUACAUUUAGCAGUUGGUUUCUUGCCGUCGCAUGGCUAUGGGCUCCUUACAUAUUUAAUCCCUCGGGAUUCGAGUGGCAAAAGACUGUGAAAGACUUCGAAAAUUGGACAAACUGGAUGUUCCAACAAGAAGGCCAGGAUGAAAAGGAUGAUAAAUGCUGGGAAGUCUGGUGGAAGGGCCAAAUAUCACACAUUCGAACGCUCCGGGGGCGAUUUUGGGAGAUAGCACUCAGCUUGCGGUUUUUCAUGGUCCAGUACGGUGUUGCGUAUUCUCUUAAUGUCGCUGGCCAUGACAAGAGUUUCCGGGUGUAUGGGUUCUCCUGGUGUGUGCUAGUGCUUAUAGUGGUGUUAUUCAAGGUGUUUUCCUUGAGCAAGAAAUCUUUGGCGAAUUUCCAGCUCAUAGUACGAAUCCUUCAAUUAGUUGUGUUCUGCGGCGUCAUCUGCGGCUUGAUUUUCACUGUAGCUUUCACAAGUCUUACGAUCGGCGACGUGUUUGCAAGUGUGUUAUCACUUAUCCCCACGGGUUGGGGCCUUCUAUCUAUCGCAAUUGCAUUAAAGCCAGUGAUGAAAAAACUGCGCUUGUGGAAGUUCGUUCUAGCUAUAGCAAGACUGUACGACGUAUUCAUUGGAGCAAUUGUGUUCAUUCCCAUAGCCUUUCUAUCCUGGUUCCCAUUCGUCUCCACCUUCCAGACUCGUCUUGUCUUCAACCAGGCGUUCAGUAGAGGACUAGAGAUAUCAACCCUGCUGGCUGGAGGCAACCCUGACGUUGCCGGAAAUCAAUCCCAGCAUUCAAAAACUAGGUAACGUUAUCAAUUUUGUAUAGGUAGUGAAUUAUUACUGCCUCAGUUAGCAUUCUAAAUCUAUUGAAAUUAGUGUAUUUGUUAGGCGGUUACUCUUCAAACUUUGGUGGUAGCAUCUUUUUGCAAAAUACCUAAUGUACAGUUCUGUAUGGAACUGAACAUGUACUUUAAAAUGUAAUGUUGAUGAGAAGAGUUUGGAGUACUCGUGAACAUUCUAUAGUAUCGAUUUUAGCCACAAUAUGAACCAAUGUUGACACAAUCGGUGAACUUAGUGAUCAAUCCUUUUUGACAUUAAUACCCUUAAA